ACAACACUGCCGCGGCGUACUGGUGUGUAUUCGCGGGCCCGUUUGUGUACGUGCGUAUACGGCACCAGCGUGUAGUCGUCGUUGUACAGAUAAGAACGGUAAACAAUUUUUUGAUCUUCGUUAAACAUUUUUCGUUUUCCAUACUGCAGUCAGCAAUACGCGUUCUUUACGAUCGGUUCGAAUCGCACAACUAUGGUCCGCGACACUUGUUCGCGUUUUUUACUCUUCUGCGCUGUCCUGAUCGUUUUCCCCAGCGAUGCAACUGCUUUAACUAAGCCUGCAAACGAAACGAAUGAACACACGCAUGGAUUCGAAACAACUGAUGCACAUGAACCAGACGAGGGAAAAGAAGAGUUUCCGUUUUCCAAGGAGUACUAUUCGUAUAAAGUUCAAUCGACGGAGUUGGGUAGAAAUGCAUUGUUAAAACCGCCAAUCGUUUACAAGACGCCUGAUGGAUACAGCUUGGUGUUGGAACCAAUCACUAAUUUCUGUAAAGUGAUAGACACAAGUAUUAUCACUAAGUUUACCGUACUCAAUUCAAAUGACGAGGUCUACAUAAGCAUCGAUGAAGAUUUAACGAACAUUUUGACGAGUGACUCGACGAUUGUGUACAAACUUAAGGCGAUAAAUGAUGCUAAUCCUAAUAUAGUUGGAGGCGAGACCACUGUACUCAUCAGAGUGGUUCAAUUUCUUCCCAUUCCGGACACCGUAUUAGAUUUCGAAGAACCUAAUUACUCCAUAAAACUUUCUUUCGGUCGGAAAGGUAAAGUGUUCAAGUUUAAAAUCCAUAAAACUGCACUAAAAGCAAAGGAAAAAGACGAAACCUUGGAAUUCGAAAAACAACCGGAAAGUUAUAAUCACUUCAUAAAAGAAGAAUACUCCUUCAAGGGCAAUUACUCGUUGGAAUACGUACCAGACCACCUUUGGCCAAUGUUGAGAGUAAGUGAGGACGGUGAUUUGGAGAUAAUAGGAGUUAUUGACGAAGGGACGUACAAUUUCGACGUCGUAGCUGCAGAUUUCGGUCCCAAUUCUUCUACCGUUUUAAAAGCUCGAUCCCGCGUAAAUCUGUUUAUCGACAACGUAGCGGUAUGUAAUUCAAAAGUUUCUAGCUUUAUCAAAGCGUACAGUAAACAUUAUAUAACCGAAAGGAUGAAAUUCCAAACCGCUGUUCCGGCCACUGGAUCCAACCGUAAUUGCACCUUCGCUAUAUCACACCAAUAUCCAUUUGGCUCGGAUACGAACUUCUUUGCCGUCAACGCGAAAACGGGCGCCGUAGACGUGAUUAGACCCAUCGAUCGGGAGUCGUACGCGUUCGAAGGCAUGGAAGAACCGUCCGCGUACCUGAAGUUGAAGAUCCACUGCCCGCCGCCAAACGCGGUGCCGGACGUUCAGCCCUUCCAUCUGGCCGACAAGGAUAGCAUCGCUUACGAUCCGACUUCGACGUUGGUGCAGUUGGUCAUCGUCGACAGCAACGACAACAGGCCCGCGUUUUCAGAGAGGCGCAUGACCGUCGGGUAUCCCGUGCAAGACGUGGCCACCACCGUUUUGCCCAGACAUCUAGUACAGGUCAAGGCGAUAGACAAGGACGCGGGAAAACACGGAAAGAUCCAGUACUCGCUGAAAGGAAAUGACGCGAACGACUUCAUAGUAAACCCCGAAACCGGGACGAUUUACUGCAGGACCCUCGUGGAUGACGGCAACGCGGUGAAAACGUUUGACGUGGUGGCCCGAGACAACGAGGGCAAGUCCGAAGGAUACGAAUCCGUGCUGACCGUUACGGUAAAGUUUCUAACGUAUUCGGACAUCGUUCGGGUGGAUGUCAAGUUCAGCACGACCGAGGAUCACGCAACCGUCGAGUCGCAGCUGUCGGAAAUAUCGGGCGUCAGGAUGAUGUCGCUGACCAACGAUAUUGUCAACACGUUCGUGGACGGCCGAUGGCGAAUUCACCGUACGUUGACCGUGUACGGAGUGAACAACACGGACGAUUCGCUGGUGCCGGCAUCGGAACUAGAAAGAAAACUGGCGAACAACGCGAAAAUUUUGGAAACAUCCAGAAUGUACUCUACAAAAUUCGACAACCAAACGGGAACCGUGGUGUCCGUGGUAUACGCUGCGAUGUUCUGUCUGAUGCUAUCCAUCAUCGCACUGGGUCUGCUCUACUUCGGGUACGUCAAGAACGGUCGUUAUUUAUCGUGCAUUCCAAGUACUUCGAACACGCCACUGAAAGACGAUAUGGAAAACAUGAGUCAGAGUAACUGGAUUACGACUUUCAACAGGUCAAACCUAUCGUUCAAUAGAGUGCGACUACCAGGAAAAAUCACCUCGCCCGUGUCCAGAUCAUCGAAGAUCAUUGACGAUGGCUGCAACGUGACUGUGAUGGAGCACAGCGUUUACAAAGCGAUACCGUCAAAAGGAAAAGUCUCUGCGGACAACCCCUUGAUAGUAGAACUCGAAUAAUACAAAUAUUCCCCUGCCGGAUGUAUAUACAGAACAUAAAACGCGUGGCUCAUGGAUAUCGUUUUUCUUUAGUUCUAAGUUCUCCCAUUCGAAAUUACCCCUGUUGCUAUGUACAAUACAACAUCGGAAAAAGAAUCGAUUCGGUGUGCAUCGAUGUAACAAUGUAAUAAUAUCGUAUUGUAUUUCGGUCCAUCGUAUAUAUUAUAAUAAUAAUAAUAUUAAAUUUCUGUUUCGUCGGGACAACGUGCACAUGGUUUUCAAGGGGCCCGUCAAACGCUAACUGUCACUGCUAACGCUAAUAAUAUUUUUUAAAAAAAUAUAAAUACCCGAAACAUGUUUGCGACCCUUUAAAACGCACGGUUCGUGAUUAUUUUGUUUGCACACAUUUUUAGUCGUUCUGUAGCUAUUUCUAUACGGUUGCCUUGGAAGUCGCGAUAAUACCUUGCCUAAUAUUACGUAUAUCUUAAUGUUUACUACUCGGAAGCGGCUGGUGCAUUUUUUUUCAUAAGAUUCGUAUACUAUUAUUUAAAAUAAUGUAUUCGCUCGUGAAUAAUAACUGUAACACUUUUUUUUGUAAAAAAGGCGUGGUAAAUCUUUUCGAUGAUAUUAGUGCAUAAGUAUAUAAUACAUAUUAUAUAUUAUACGAACCUGUUAUUAAAUUUAACGAUUCGCCAAUUUCAAAAGCGCUUACCGAUCACCUUGUAACACAUAUUUUUGCUACGCCGAUGCGGAAUUUAAUUAAGAUAAUAACUCGCGCCGUAUACAAACACACACACACACUCACAAACAUAUACCAACGCCGUAGUAAAAUAUUUUAUUGUGUAUGUGUGUGCAUGUGCAUAGAAUAAUUUUUAAUUAUGAUUAGUGGUGUUGUUUCGAAAUUUCGAAUCGUCACGAAGAAAAAAUCUGCUGCUCGUGGCUCGUUUUAGGGUCAAAACGUGCUCAGCUAUUUGCAUUGUUACUAAAAAUAUUAAUCUAUAUUAAAACCCUAUUAUCGAACCUGGUAGACGAGAGAACGACAAGCGAGUCAAAACUAUUAAAUUUAUUACUCUACAAUAUUAUUAUAAAUACGUUUAAGGAACGUGCGCGCGUAUCAUUAUUCAACUAUAAAAAAUCGAUGGCAUAACACUUCGUGUAAUAAAAUGAAACGUUAAAAUAUUAUGUUUUUCUAAUUCAUACAUAAUAUUAUUGUAGGUACCCAUACAUCAGUGUAGUCGGUUUCGUGUCCUCAAAAUUAAAUACAUUCCGUUCGUUGUAUAUUUACAGCUGCUUAUCAUUAAUAAUAUUUUGAAAUAAAGUUUGUUUAAUUUACA